AUGUUCCAUACAGCUCGCUUCUUUUUCUGUGUCUUCGUACUUCUUGCAAAUGCCAGCAGGUCUUGGGCAGUGCAAUAUCAAGUGAUUGUUGGAGGGGAGGGUGUACUCAAGUAUAAUCCAGAAUACGUUAAUGCGAACCCAGGCGAUACGGUAGUCUUUUCGUUCAGGCAGGAAAAUCAUACUGCCACGCAGUCUACUUUGGAUAACCCUUGCGAGCAUACAAAUAAUGGGUUUGAUUCCGGCUUUCUACCUGUUGCCGCCAACAACACGGACGGGCCCUUCCCUGCGGCUGAGUAUACCGUGCAGGAUACUGAUCCUGUAUGGGUGUUCUGUCGUCAGGCGAAUCAUUGUCGACUGGGCAUGGUCUUCGCAAUCAACCCUGGUGACCAGUUCUCAAUAUUCCAGGCAAACGCGAUGGGAAAUGGUACAACCAAUUCUUCCUUGCCUUCUAAUACGACAUCUGGGAUUACUUCUACGUCAAGCACGAUCACCUCAAUGCCGUCUGCAAUCCCUUCCGUCGCCAAUACUACCACGUCGCCCUCAACUUCUUCGGCUACUACUUCUGAUAUCACUAGUGUCGUGACUACUACAACCACUGUCACCAUAACGGAUUUGCCAUCUUCUACAUCUUCCUCAACCUCUGCAUCAAUCCCUACCACUACGUCGACAGACCAUGUAGUUAUAGUUGGUGGCGCCAAUGAACUGCUGACUUACCAGCCGUCAAACAUCACCGCCGACAUUGGCGACACCGUUACAUUCCACUUCAUGCAGACGAAUCACACGGCAACCCAGAGUAGUUUUGACGACCCAUGCCGUGGUCUCACAGAGACAAGCACGACCGGGCAAUUAGGGUUUGAUUCUGGAUUCAUGCCUGUCGCCUCAAACGCGACGAGCUAUCCGACAUUUACAGUUCAGAUUAAUGACACCUCCCCCAUCUGGGUAUACUGCAAGCAGACGAACCCUAAGAGCCAUUGUGGUGCGGGCAUGGUCUUCUCGGUCAAUGCAGUUGAGUCAAGUCCCAAUAACUUUGCCGCAUUCCAGGCGAAAGCGAAGCAAAUCAAUGGGACGACUUCAGAUACGGCUACCACCAGUGGUGCCACGACCCUUGGCUACAGUUUCGGGCCCACUAUUAUCGCCAGUCUACUCAUUCUUGGAACAUAUGCUCUAUGA